CGCCUCUUAGCUGGGAUAGCUAAAGAAAACUGCACACUUCGAAUUUGAGUCAGUGGCUUUGGGUCAGCUCUCAGCAUCUGCUCUGGAAGGAAACCCUAGACCAUGACAGUCGGUGUCACUCUGCGGGAAUACUGAUGCCACCUAUCACCUUUCACGUCUCGGUUCUCCCAUUCUACAUACGACCUUAGAAUUCUACCUUCUUCAACAAACCUCCAUCCUGAAGAUUUUGGAAUAAGGAGACCUUUUCUUCAAAAUUUUUUUUUUUGGGGAGGGGUAUCCCCUUACUGGAAGGGUGCCAGCCUCCCUGCUAUUCACUAUCUAAGAAGAUCUGACAGCUGCUAUAUACAUGUUCCAAAUAUUCUCUCUUGGACUACAGGAUGAAUCUUGGGGGUCUGCUAAUGUCUAUUUGGCUUCUGCAUAUGGUUCGUGCUGAGGGGGACCCCAUUCCAAGAGAAAUGUUCGAGAAGAUCACAGGAGGAUCUGUCAAGUCUAUAGCAGACAUAAAAAGGUUGCUGCAGAUAGAAUCCGUAGAUGAAGAGGACGAUGUAUACGAGCUAAACAGGAAUGAAGCAAGAAGCUGGCCUAGGGGCAAUUCCAGCCACUCCCGGGUCAUUCGUAGCGUAGAUGUAGAACAAGCUCAGCUCGCACAGUGCAAAACAAGAACAGAGGUUUUCGAAAUCACUCGCAAUCUGGUUGAUCCAACCAAUGCUAACUUUGUGGUUCAGCCAUCAUGUGUGGAGGUGCAGAGGUGCUCCGGAUGUUGCAACUCAAGGAACAUGAAAUGUGUGCCAAUUCGCAAACACAUCCGACAUGUCCAGGUGAAGAAAAUUGUGCUUCAUCGAACCAUGAAAAAAAUCGAACAUGUUCCAGUUGCAUUAGAAGACCAUGUGGAGUGCAAGUGUGAGCCUAUCAACCCGGUAUCUGUAAGAAGUCACCACCCUGUCAGCGAACACAGGAUAAUAGCAGUAACUGCAACCACUCCGCCUCCAACCACUAUAAGUCGUAAAGAGGAGUCUCAGGUACGACAGUUCAAACGAAAAAAUAGAAAAUUCAAGCAUCUACCCAGCAAGAAGGAGCAGAGACAUCUACUCACCACGUAGUGACUUGGGAAUGGGUCUUUGUAUCUGUUACUUAGCAGGAUACACAAUAAGAUUAAAUUUGGCCCCUAUGGGGUCCACGGACUUCUGACCGGAUGCUUCAAACGCCGGACUUUGUGCCGCUGGUGCUUUACAGAGACAAAAUAGGCCAUUUUUUCCCUCUGUACCCACUGCUCCCACUGCUCAUUUCUCCGAACAACAGAGACAUAGGACCGUGUUCCUUCGACAGCAGUGAAGAACUUACUGCCAAGUGUAAAAAAAAAAAAAACUUUCGGGGGUGGUGGGAAAAGAAUGGGGAACACAAAAGCCACUCGAACUCACUGGAUGAAUUUUGUCACCUUAUUUAAUGUACUUUAUGUGGUAUUUUUUAUAUAUAUAUAAAAAUAUACAUAUUUUUGUAAAAAGUGUUUUCCUUUGCUCAGAUUGCACGAGGCAGGACAGAGACUGAAAAAAAGGGGAAUGGGACUGAAUUUUUAUUGACCUUUAUCACCAUAGCCCAGUAUUUAUGUAUUUCUACUAUGUUGCAACCUCCGAGAAGGAAGAGGCCACGUGCCGGAUAUACCCGGUGUAUUUCUGCUUUAAGCUAAGUUAAGAAGUUUUUUCCAACCAGAAUGCCUCCAGUUGUUGCAAAACUACAACUCCCAGCAUGCCCGGACAGCCUUCGGCUGUCCGGGCAUGCUGGGAGUUGUAGUUUUGCAACAGCUGGAGGCCCCCUGGUUGGGAAACACUGGAUUAAACAAUGAACAGGCAACUUGAUGUUACCAACUACAAGGUAUAAUACAACAUGUUCACUAGUUGUAUUUUAAUAUCCGUAGAGAACUACAGGUUGUCUCAUCCUUUGACAGUAUUUUUUUUUGUUUUUGUUUUUUUGUUUGUUUUUUCCAUAUAAAAAUGGCAGAAAACAGUUCAAAUGUGGCUCUUGGAAUAUUUCCUUCUUUUUUUUAUUGUUUCCAGUAUUUCUAUGACUUAUCCAUCUCCCUCCCGUUACUCUGAAUUCCUUUCUCUUUGCACACAGCUCUGCCUGUCAAAAAAAAAAAUGUAAAAAAAAAAAAAUGCAAAAUCUAAUAUGUAAAGUAAUUUAUAUUCAAUAUUUAAAAUGUACAAAGAAAACCCCCCAACCAAAAUUCAAUUUGUAUUAAAAGGGAUGACAUUUGUAUUAAAAAGACAUGAAUGUUUUUGAAUCGGUUCUUUUAUAAAAUGUAUUUAUUAUUUUUAUUAACAUUUUUUUUUUUUUUUGCAUUUUGGGAAAUAAAACAAGACCCCUUCUCGGC